GCUUCCAUAUUGUAUCGCAUCCCAAACCAAUUUGCUCGCCUGCCCUUCUGCCCCCUUAUCCAUUUCGUCUCCAUUUACCCACUCCCACUCCCAACAAUGCCUUUCGCCGCUGAAUCGAUCCUAAGUUCCGCAUCAAUGGCGACCAACGGCUGCGUAGUUUCAGCCCCACCACUCUUCGCGGCCUCAAGAGCUUCGCAACGCCUGCCCCUCCGAUUGAAGCCCAUCCAACUCCACCUUUGCUGCUCCAAUUCCGUUUCCCUGCAGAGUUUGUUCUCCGGGAAGAGGAAAGCGCCUUUACUGAGGGUUUCCGUCAUAGCCGCCCAGCAGGAGGAGGACAACGACGAAGAAGACGAAGAAGGAAUUGAAGAAGAAGGAGAAGGACAAUUUGGGGAAAGCUUCAAUUGGGACGCGGCGGAGGGGCAGGAGGAGAGUGAUGGGGCUGUCGAGGCUGUCGGGGAUGCUGGGGAGAGUGAUGGCGUGUACGAGGAGCCGUCUGAGGAAGCCAAGGUUUAUGUGGGCAAUUUGCCCUAUGAGGUCGACAGUGCGAAUCUGGCUAAGCUUUUUGAGGACGCUGGGGUUGUCGAAAUUGCUGAGGUUAUUUACAAUAGGGAAACUGAUCAAAGCCGAGGUUUUGGAUUCGUGACAAUGAGUACUGUCGAAGAAGCUGAGAAAGCUGUGGAACUGUUCCAUCGAUAUGAUAUGAAUGGCAGACUCUUGACAGUUAAUAAAGCUGCUCCCAGAGGAUCGAAGCCUGAGCGCCAGCCUCGGGUUUUCGAGCCUAGUUUCAGAAUAUAUGUUGGCAACUUGCCGUGGAGUGUGGACGAUGCACGUCUUGAGGAGCUUUUCAGCGAGCAUGGCAAAGUAGUAAGUGCUCGGGUAGUCGCUGAUAGGGAAUCUGGAAGGUCGCGUGGCUUUGGAUUUGUAGUGAUGUCCAGCGAGCCCGAGAUGAACGAUGCCAUUGCCAGCCUCGAUGGACAGACUUUGGACGGGAGAGCGAUCAGAGUAAAUGUCGCAGAAGAGAGGCCACGGCGCAGCAGAUUUUGAAUUUGAUUUCGACCAUCGCGUGUUUUGUCGCUGUUUACGGUGAUAUUUAUCCUGUAAUCAUCUUUCGACUUUUUUCUUAGUAGCGUCAGAACUCGCAGUCGCUACUCUUUGAGAACUGGUUAAGAAAUUUUGUUUGAUGGUUUUUCUUGCUUAAGUUGCUAAUACAUUGAAAUCAAUGGAUUGAAUUUGCAUUGCGACGAUCA